GGAAAGGUGGGAAUUAUUUUGCAGUGACGCAGGAACUCCGAGAGCGGCGGAGAAUUUGUGGGAAUUAGAGAAAUCUGAACUUUCAGCUUCAGUAUUUGUUUCAUUUUUCUGCAUGUAUUUCUAAAACAGACGAAGCCACGAUGCUAAUUAAAGUCAAGACACUCACAGGCAAAGAAAUCGAGAUUGACAUCGAGCCCACAGAUAAGGUGGAGAGAAUAAAAGAGCGAGUGGAGGAGAAAGAAGGAAUCCCACCUCAGCAACAGAGACUCAUCUACAGUGGGAAACAGAUGAAUGAUGAGAAAACGGCAGCAGAUUACAAGAUCCAGGGCGGCUCGGUGCUGCAUCUGGUUCUUGCUCUAAGAGGUGGACAAAUCCACCAACAACCCGACAGGCUUCUCCUAAAUAUGUAACCGCCAGUCCUGCCUUGGUCAGCUUAGAUACUCAGAAACCAUCAGAUCAACUGUAUGAAUGACUGGUUGCCACCAUAUGCUUUGUUUGUUGGAUCAUUCAUCACCUUCUUCCUGUUAAUGCCACUCCCACUUCAUUUGUUAAGAGCGAAACUGCUCUUUUUGUUAAGUUUACAAGGAAUGUUUGAAUUAAGGUAAAACUCAUGUAUGACUUUGACAAUAAACAUUGAUGCCACCAUUUAA